UGAGCUUCUCUUUGUUUCACAAGAUCAGAAGGAGAAGAGAAGAAAAACUUCUGGAAAAAUCUACAGGAUGGCACCCGUCCACAGGACCUGCAGCAGGAACAUAGAGCGGUCAGAUGGUGAUGUGAGCAGAAGGUCCAAGAGGAAGAGGAGGAGGAGGAGUAAAGGCAAAGGAUGGAGUGAUGUUGUAUCAACUCUCUGCAAACCUUUAAAACACUGCGAUACGGCUGCAACACCAGCCGAGGGCGAUAAAAAAUCAAGUAAGACCAGUUUAGAGGUGAAAGAGAAUCAGGACAUGAAAAUCUUUGGAGGGAGUGACUUUUCAAGAAAAUACCAGCUAUCAACAUUUUAUGCUGCUUCGCCCAAACAUAACCAGACGCUCUUACAGAGAAAUCAGUUGUUUCUGGAUGGAAAAAGUCGUUUGCGCUUCCAAAAGCUCUCAUGUUGUAAAAGAUCAGCCUGGACAGUGCCUCAGAAGAACGCACUGGUGCAGCUCAAUGAGUUACGACCUGGUUUGCGGUACGAGAUUGUGUCUAAAACUGGUCCUAUGCAUGCCCCAGUGUUCUCUGUGGGUGUGGAGGUUAAUGGUUUCCACUUCGAGGGUCGAGGACCUACAAAAAAGCAGGCAAAGAUGAGGGCUGCAGAGCUGGCUCUCCAGUCGUUCAUCCAGUUCCCGAAUACCUCCCAGGCUCACAUCAUGAUGGAGAACUUGGAUUUUACAGCAGAUUCUUUCCUGACAGAGUUUGAACCAUCGCUGCUUAAAAACUGUGAUUUCCUAGAAUGCAACACAGCAAAGACGGAGAUCUUCUCCAACAUCUGCAAGAACAAAAAAUCUCGUCCAUUCACUCUGGACCUAAUUUCCUCAACAAAUUCAAAAAGACAGUUUGUGCUUUUGAAGCACCUGAAUCCGGUGGCACUGCUCAACCAGCUGCAACCGGGACUCAGAUACAUGUGUCAGGUGGAAAAAGUCCGAGGUACACCAGUGAAGAACUUUAUCAUGGUGGUCAGACUGGAAGGGAAGGUAUUUGAAGGUUGCAGUCACACUAAAAGACAGGCCAAGGCCCAGGCAGCAACUGAAGCACUGCAAUCUCUUUAUAACAUAAAUCUGGGACCAGAAAGAAAACUAAUCACCUUCCAGGGAAGCAGAACCAAAUGUCAGCUACCUCAAUUCUUUGCAGAGUCGAUCUACCACUUGGUAAGAGAGAAAUACUCCCAGCUCACUGACAGCAGCUCCUCUUCCUCCCCCGGCCGUCACAAGGUCCUUGCCGGCAUCGCAAUGACCCGAGGAUUUGACCUCAGAUCAGCCCAGGUUGUGUCUCUGGCCACAGGAACAAAGUGUUUGGACUCUGACGCAGCGAAUGAAGACGGCUGUACUCUCAGAGACUGCCACGCUGAAGUUCUCAGCAGACGGGCGCUGGUUCGAUUCUUCUACUCUCAGCUGGAGCUGCUGCUUUGUAAGCGACCAGAGGGGGAGGACCAAUCAAUAUUUAUACCGGAUAAAGACUCCACCCACCGUUUCCGACUGCGGGAGGGGAUCCAUUUCCACAUGUACAUCAGCUUGUCGCCGUGUGGAGAUGCUCGAAUCAACUGCGCCUACGAAAUGACACCUGCAUAUCCCAUCAGGAGGUUUUGCUGCCAGCUCAGGAUGAAAGUGAAUGGUGGUGAGGGGACUCUGCCUGUCAGCUCACGUAGAACCAAUCAGAAUUGGGCCAGCGUUUCGCCGGGUCCACCUGUCUGCACGACCAGCAUGUCCUGCACAGAUAAAAUUGCAAAGUGGAGUGUAGUUGGCCUACAGGGGGCGCUCCUUUCUCACCUGGUGGAACCCAUUUACCUGCACAGCUUGACAGUGGGCAUGCUGAGCCACACGGGUCACCUGGGCAGAACCAUAACCCGCCGUCUGGCACACGUCAAGAACCUGCCCUUUCUCUACAGACGACAGCAGCUGCUGCUCGGCUGUCUGAGCAGCAGGGAGGUUCGCCCAGCUGGAAAGGCGAGCAAUGUUAGUGUGAACUGGAGCUAUGGUGAACAAGGUCUGGAGGAGGUCAGCACCACCACAGGAAGGAGGAAGGAGUCAGGGACCCCAUCGCGAAUCUGCAGGAGCUCCCUGUUCAGCUACUGGCUGAGGUUGGAGAACAAGCUAAAUAGACCUGAUGUGGGCCCUGAAGCCACCACAGUGACUUAUCCUGCUUCCAAGAUGUCUGCUGGAUGCUACCAGAGGGCGCGGCAGCAGUUCAGCAAUGCUCUGCAGGAUGAAGGUCUUGGAACGUGGUCCAGGAAACCUCCGAAACUGAGUCACUUCAGUGUUAGUGUUUGAAAAACUGUUCAGCAAAGUCUGAAUGCAAAAAGAAAGAAUUACGUAUUUUAUUUCUCUUUUCUAAAGGUACAAAGAUGUGGAGAGAAUAUUUCAUAUUGCUCAAGUUAGGAGAAGCCUGACUUGGACAGACGAGUAAGCAUUGUGUAUUAAUCUGCAACCAGUUAUAAAAGUCAAUGGAAAAGAUUGACCUUCUGUGAAUGUAACUUCAGUAUGGGUGCAGUUUUCCAACUGUUUCAUAACAAACUGAAGAAUGGCUCCGGAAGGCACUGCUGAUCUGUUCCUUGAUAAAAAAUAUGAGUCAUGGUUUCAUUUAACUUCUGCUGUGUGAACAGUUUCAAAUAAAUAAAUUAUGUCCAUCGAUCCAUUAAA